UCAAAUGCUGCUAGAUUAAGGAAAAAAGGUUGGUGAAGCUAUGGAAGGCCACCAAACAAACGCUGCAAUUUAAAAAUGAGCUAUUUGUUCUGUGUGCCUAACAAGGAGGGGACUAGGACAAGAGAAACACCGGUUUCACAAGCCAAGCAAACUGAGUCAUUCUAACUCGGAAUGGAGCAACGGAAGGGGCGGAGAUUGAUACUCUUCCCACUGCCCUUCCAAGGUCAUAUAAACCCCAUGCUAGAGCUCGCCAACAUUCUACACCUGAAAGGCUUCUCCAUAACCAUCAUUCACACCAACUACAACUCUCUCAAUCCUUCAAGCCAUCCACAUUUCACCUUUCACUCAAUUUCAGAUGGCUUAUCUGAAAGUGAGGCCUCCGCAAAGGAUAUCCUCCGCCUCAUUUCUCUUUUAAAUGUCAAAUGUGUUGAACCUUUCCGAGAAUGCUUGGCCAGCUUGUUAUCUGAUGUUUCAGAAGAGCCAGUUGCUUGCUUGAUAUCAGACGCUAUCUUUCACUUCGCUCAAUCUGUUGCCGAUCGCCUUAAGGUCCCAACGGUUGUUUUAAGGACUGGGGGUGCUUCUUCAUUUACUGUUUUUGCUGCAUUUCCACAACUGCGUGAAAAGGGCUACAUCCCAAUACAAGAUUCUAGACUAGAAGAGCCAGUGUCAGAGUUCCCACAUCUCAGAGUCAAAGACCUUCCCGUGCUGAAGAGGUGGGAGUCGGAGGAAUGCUAUCAACUAGUAGAAGGCAUGUCAAAUGGAUUCAAGACCUCAAAGGGACUAAUUUUUAAUACUUUUGAAGAGCUUGAAGAGCAGGCACUGGGGAAAAUUCGACAACAUUUCCCCAUUCCAAUUUUCCCUAUAGGACCAUUUCAUUUCCCUACAGCCUCUUCUUCACUUCCAUUGUCAACAGAAGAUGAAAGUUGCAUUACAUGGCUAAACAGUCAAGCACCAAAAUCUGUUAUCUAUGUUAGCUUUGGGAGUAUUGCUGCAAUAAAUGAAGCUCAGUUUUUGGAGAUAGCUUGGGGACUGGCCAACAGCAAGCAGCCUUUCUUAUGGGUGAUUCGACCUGAAUCAAUCCACGGAGGUUCGCAAUGGCUUGAGCUAUUACCUAGUGAACUUCUAGAAAACUUCAAUGUGAGGGGGAACAUUGUGAAAUGGUCUCCCCAAAAAGAAGUGUUAUCACAUCCAGCCGUAGGAGUCUUUUGGGCUCAUAACGGCUGGAACUCUACACUGGAAAGCAUUUGUGAGGGAGUUCCCAUGAUUUGUAUGCCAUGCUUCACUGAUCAAAUGGUGAACGCAAUAUACGUAACUAAUAUCUGGAAGAUUGGUUUGCAGCUAGAGAAAGGAGCAGACAGAGGUGAAAUCGAAAGAAUGAUUAGAAGACUAAUGCAGGAGAAAGAAGGGGAAGAGAUCAAAGCUAGAAGCUUGAAGUUAAUGGAGAAGGCCAAUCUCUGCUUCAAACGAGGUGGCUCUUCAUACCAAUCCUUGGACGGCUUGGUUAAACAUAUUCUAUCACUGGAAUCAUUUGUUUUUGGAACUCAGUGAAUUCCCCAACAUGGUUCUUGGGAAAUUCAUUUGGGUUAUCUAUGAGGGCUACAAGUUCAUAAGAAGUAGUGCUUAUGUCCUUGACUCUAUCCAUUUUCUUAAUAAAACUAGCAGAGCAUUUGCAUUUCAAUAUUUACCACUAUCAGUGAAGAUCAUCAACAAAAUAUUUAUAAUAGAGAUAGUGCAACUAUAUUAAGCCAACUCAAUUCUUCAUUGUAAUCAAUUUUACUGAAAUGUAGAUUAUUAGGGCAAAAACAGAAAAAAGAUUAAAGAGAAAUUCUUCAAACCUGGAGAGAUGGGUUCAUGGAGAUAAAAGAAAGCCCUCUAACGGUAUGAGAUGUCUUCCCGCCAAAAAUUUCG